GUGCACUUGCAUUAUAAAAGAAAUACUUCGUGACUUGUGGAGGCUCGUAAGCAGCAAAAAACGAAUAAACCAUCUGAGAAAGUGUCAGUGCGGUUUUAUUUUGUUCCACGGGCAUUUCAAUUUUGAUGGAAACAGUCAACGCGUGAACGUUAAAUUUUAUAUUUUUUCCUAUCAUGCAUCUGUUUUAAAGACCCUUCAAAGAUUGUCUCUCUGAAAUUUGCAAUGCAAAUAGAAAUCAAAGCAUUUUAUAAUUUAUUUUGUUUGGUUGCCACAAAUGAUGAUCACUUGCCUUUAUUUUUUCUAUGAGAAAUAAUUGAAUAAUAAACCUAUGGAACCACUGGCAUGUUUUCCACUUUAUUGUUUAAUAAGUGCAGAUUGUAUUUUGCAUGGUUGGUUAAGUUGAUAUGCACAGCAUGAAAAGUAGAUCAUACAUUUGUCAACAUGGGUGAUGUCAUCAAGAGUGUUGAAGAUGUUUUGAACAACAGAUUGGAGGGAAAUGAGCUCUCAGAGGUGAAAAGGAUCUUGUAUGGAAAAGACCUUGAGAAGCUGGAUCUGCCAACUGAAGCCAGGGCGGAGGCGGAGAAGGGCUCGUUCGAGCUGGCCGGCUACCGGUUCACCGCCCUGACGGAGUCGACCCGGCCGCCCCGCGUGGUGCGAGCUGCCGUGAUCCAGAAUCAGAUCGUGCUGCCGACCACGGCGCCGGUGGCCGACCAGCGGCAGGCCAUCUGGAACCGGGUGGCCGAGAUGAUAGCCACGGCUGCCCGCUGCCGGGUCAACGUCAUCUGUCUACAGGAGGCCUGGACCAUGCCGUUCGCGUUCUGCACCCGCGAGAAGCAGCCUUGGUGCGAGUUCGCCGAGAGUGCCGAAGAUGGACCGACCACGCACUUUUUGCAAGAUCUGGCCUCCAAGCACAACAUGGUGAUCAUCUCGCCGAUCCUUGAACGUGACGAAGCGCACGGCGACGUUCUGUGGAAUACGGCCGUCAUCAUCUCCAACCACGGCCACGUCAUCGGCAAGUCGCGCAAGAACCACAUCCCGCGCGUGGGCGACUUCAACGAGUCUACCUACUACAUGGAGAGCAACCUGGGACACCCCGUGUUUCAGACGGAGUUUGGUAAGAUCGGCGUCAACAUCUGCUAUGGCCGUCACAUGCCGCAAAACUGGAUGGCCUACGGUCUGAACGGCGCCGAGCUGGUGUUUAACCCUUCCGCCACCGUCGGAACGCUCAGCGAGCCCAUGUGGGGCAUCGAGGCGCGCAACGCCGCCAUCGCAAACUCCUACUUCACCUUCGCCAUCAACCGGGUCGGCACCGAGACAUUCCCCAACGAGUUCACCUCGGCCGACGGACGGCCGGCGCACCGCGACUUUGGCCACUUUUACGGCUCGAGCUACGUGGCGGCUCCGGACGCGAGCCGUACGCCGGGUCUGUCGCGCCUCUCGGACGGUCUGCUGGUGGCCGAGCUCGACCUGAACCUGUGCCGCCAGGUGCGCGACAGGUGGGGUCUGCGCAUGAACCAGCGGCUGGAGCUGUACGCUGACACGCUGGCUCGCGCCGCCAACCCCGACUUCCAGCCUCAGGUGGUGUAUGACUACUCCGGUUAGGUGGGGCUGUCCACUCCACCGACCCGACCGACUGACGAGGGACUCCGGACCAGCACUUCGAACUCGGACUCUGAACUGGAUACGCGGAUAGGUGUAUGACGCCACGGCGCACGGCUGUUUGCUGCCUCUGAGACUGCCAUUCAACUCGCAGAGAUUGCUUCCAGGCCUGCCACUCAUGUCACAGCUAGACCGGUGCGCGUUCAGUGGGCUCAUAGACGGCAGUUAUUUUACGCUCAUUCAGCCUAGAUUCAAGAUGGGUAUGUAUGGGGAAGAUAUGAGGUAAGGGGUUGGAUAAGGAAACAGAGGCCCUACAAAAAUACCCCAGCUUUGUGGCCGGCCAUGCGACGCGUGCAGUGUAGUGAAAACGAAAGAUCUGAUGUUAUUUCCAGUUGUCAAGGAGCGGAAUGUAUGCAUUUUAUGACAGUGUCAACUUUUGACUUUCCAGCAUGGCAUUAGCAUAACAAUACGCCAUUGUUAAAAUGUUAUGAGGAGAUUCUCCAUCUAGAUGAGUCUCUAGCAGUUUAGCUCAAUAACCACUCGAGGGAUAUUUGUCCUUAGCUUGUAUUUUGUACACUGAAUGAGCCCAUUCCGAGGGUCAAGGGCAUUCAGAACAACUAUCUCGCUCGAGAGCGUCAGCGAACUGAUAACGAGGACGUACGAUAUUGGGACCAAAACUGUAAAUGGCCAUGACAGUGGUUUUCUCAGUUGACUAGAUGUGAUGUGCCAUGAAAUAUGACCCGCUAUCUGAUGUGAGAUGUUACCUGGAUCAUAUCCCGUAACUGCGAGGCAGGAUAGGGCUUACAGCUCGUUCGUUUUGUCGGUUUAGUGUGGGUAGAUCAGGUGGGAGCUUCCUGGUAUAACCAAUAACCAUGCAUGCGGUGUACUUUUCUAUACUGUGCAUGCCUCGGGGAUUGCUGCGACUAAUAAUGGGACCUGUUUGAAUUGAAAUGUGAUGCGAAAUUGGGUAGUCUACAAGCUCAAGUUGAAGCGUCCUUGCUGGAAUUACGUGCCAUCUUUGCUAAAGAGAUCUUGAUGCGUGAAAUCAAAUGUCAACUUAGGACAAAUCGUGCUAGCCACGCUUACCGAGAUAUUCCGAUGUGAUAUUUCGAGGCUCAACGAUCUGAAGUUUUCCUACAUUCAUGUUGAUUGGUCGUGGGUAGGACAUGAGGUGAUAGGUCGCGAUCUUUCAGCAACUUUUGUAUCAACUGUAGUGCUGAAUUAUCCAGAAAGGUCCUGGAUGCUCUAUGCAAGUGGGUAUAUAUUCGUAUAUUAAAGGCAUUUAUUAUACUUUAUUAUAUUUGCUAUUAUCCGAGAAUGUUUACUGAUGCAGCGGUAUUAUAACGUGCAAUGAUGUGCGCAAUGAUGCAUGUGUGCAAGCGAUUCAUGAGUUUCAUAAUAGUGUACCAUAUGGCUGUUACACUUCAUUCUGCUCAUGAACUUGUAGAAAUAAAUAGAACAAUGCAAGCAA